UGGUCCUUGUAGAUACCAGCAGCUGGCUUGGUGCUCCUCUCAGCUGCCCACCAUGGCCCAGGGGCUGCCCAGCACCACCAGCCUGGCGCGCUUCUGCCAGAUGAUGAACCGGCUGAAGACACUGGAGGAGCCCACCAGGGAAACAUCUCUGCAGCGCCACCUGACCACGCUGGACCUGACCCUGCUGGGUGUGGGUGGCAUGGUGGGCUCAGGCCUCUAUGUGCUCACAGGUGCUGUGGCCAAGGAGCUGGCUGGCCCUGCGGUGCUUGUGUCCUUCAGCGUGGCUGCCGUGGCCUCCCUGCUGGCAGCCCUAUGCUACGCGGAGUUUGGGUCUCGUGUGCCCCGUGCAGGCUCUGCCUACCUGUUCACCUAUGUGUCCAUGGGCGAGCUGUGGGCCUUCCUCGUCGGCUGGAAUGUGCUCCUAGAGUACCUCAUUGCUGGUGCCGCCGUGGCCCGUGCCUGCAGUGGCUACCUGGACUCCACCUUCAGCCACCGCAUCAGCAGCUUCACUGAGGCCCAUGUGGGCAUCUGGCAGGUGCCCUUCCUGGCCCAGUACCCAGACUUCUUGGCUGCUGGCAUUGCACUUUUGGCCUCUGCAUUCAUCUCCUGCGGAAUCCGCGUCUCUUCCUGGCUCAAGCACACCUUCUCUGCCGUCAACCUGGUCAUCAUCCUCUUCAUCAUCAUCCUGGGGUGUGUCCUGGUCCGCCCGCACAACUGGAGUGCUGAGGAGGGCGGCUUUGCGCCCUUUGGCAUCUCUGGCAUCAUGGCCGGCACCGCCACUUGCUUCUGCGCCUUUGUGGGCUUUGAUGUCAUUGCUGCCUCCAGCGAGGAGGCUCAGAACCCGCAGCAAGCCGUGCCUAUGGCCAUCGCCAUCUCGCUUGGCAUGGCAGCUGUCUCCUACAUCCUCGUCUCCAUUGUGCUCACCCUCAUGGUGCCCUGGCACAGCCUGGACCCUGACGCAGCACUUACUGAUGCCUUCUACCAGCGGGGCUAUAGCUGGGCAGGCUUCAUCGUGGCUGCUGGUGCUAUCUGUGCCAUGACCACUGUCCUGCUCAGCAGCCUCUUUUCCCUGCAACACAUGGUCCAUGCCAUGGUUGCUGACGGGCUCUUCUUUGAGGUCUUGGCCCACAUACACUCCCGGACACAGGUGCCCGUGGUGGGCAUCCUGGUGUUCGGGAUCCUCAUGGCUUUCCUGGCGCUGCUGCUGGACAUCGAGGCACUGCUCCACUUCCACUCCAUCGGCGUACUGUUGGCCUACAUCUUCGUAGCCACCAGCAUUAUCAUGCUACGCUUCCAGAGGGCCCCUCCAUCCAGUUCCCUGGACCCAGCCAACGAUGUGGGUACAGAGCAGGCCUCAGCCCCUGAGCCUGGGCAGCUGCGACCAGCCCUGAGGCCCUACCUCGGCUUCCUGGGUGGGUGCCGGCCUGGAACUGCCGUGGCUUGGGCACUCGGUGUCCUGGUGGCCUCGGCCAUCGCUCUGGACUGCGUGCUGGUCUUCGGGGACUCGGCCCUGCACCUCCCGCUCUGGGGCUACACCCUGCUGCUCCUGCUCAGCUCCGUCAUGUUUCUGCUCAGUCUCCUCGUCCUGGGGGCCCACCAGCAACAGCGCCGGCAGGACGCCUUCCAGGUUCCCCUGGUGCCCCUGACUCCAGCCCUGAGCAUCCUCCUCAACAUCGUCCUGAUGCUGCACCUGAGCUCCCUGACCUGGCUGCGCUUCUCCAUCUGGCUGCUGAUUGGAUUCGCGGUGUAUUUUGGCUACAGCAUCCAGCACAGCAAGGAGAACCAGCGGGAGCGGCCAGGUUGACUGCCCCACGCGGCA